AGUAAAUAAAAAAGUAAACAGCAAAAUUAUUAGUGAAAACCGUUUGGAAGUGCUGUUUAAAUUAAAUAGUUAUUAAAAUUAAAAACCAUGGAAGUUGGGAUUACCCUGAACAACGAACUUGAGACUCAGAUUUCGGAAGCCUUUUGCAUCUUUGACACGCAUGGUGAUAAAUAUAUUGACACCCGAAAUGUGGGCAACGUCCUCAGAUUUUUGGGCUGCGUUCCCACCGAAAAGGAGGUCGAGGAAGUUAUUAAGGCCACCGAGUCCACGGAUUACCCAGGGGAGACCCAUAUUAUCAAAUUCAUAGGCCAUGUCUCCCAGCUGCUAAUGGACCGCCAAAUGGAACCUGCGUCGGCUGAAAAGUUGCUGGAGGCCUUUGAGAUCCUGGAUCCAGAAAACAAAAAAUUUCUGACCAAGGAAUAUUUCGGGAAACUGAUGUCGGAAGAAGGCGAACCUUUCACUCAAGAGGAACUAAAUGCCAUGUGGCCUGUGGCCAUUGCCAUUGAUCCCAUCACUGGAACUGAAAACGUUCCCUAUACCUUCUACAUCAAUCAACUCAGGCACAAACCGAAAAUCUACGAAAUCGCCGAGGUUAUUAAAGAGGAAUUGGCCCAAGUUGAAAGGGAAAAGGGCAAGAAACCCCCACAAACUAUGUUUUCUUAAAAAAAUAUUUUGU